AUGUCUCUCCAACAGGAGCACAAAUCAUCUAUUGAUUUGGUUUUCUGCAGAAUCUACGGGUACAACAUGAUUUGGUUCUCUGCAGAAAGCCAAUUUAACUCUGUCUCUCCAACAGGAGUUGAUGGGGUUUUGGGUGUGCUUGGAAAUGUUGGGUUUGGGAUUGGAGAGAGCACUGGUUUUGGAUUCUUAGGGGUUUGCUCCAAUAGUGGUAUGGUUAUUGGUCUUCUCAUCUUCUUGAAGGUGAAACAAAUUGUUGGGUUUACCUUUUCGGAUUCAAAGGAGAAUGGGUCUGCUCUUGUUGAUUUGAGCAGAGCUGCGGCCAUUGAAGCUCUGCAUGCCUUUUAG